UCGGAACACGUGGAAAAACGUCAAAACCAUGGACCAAAACCCGGCCCCGAAAAGCCCGCGAUGCCGCCAUCUUGACUAAAAACCUUGGAGGCGUUUCGCCGUGACGUCAUCGUGUGUUGUUUGGACUUGUCUCCAGUCGCCCGCUGGCUGGGUCACUAGUUCGAAACGCGCACUUCUCACGGCAAGCUGCGAGACGCGGACUUACAUACGCAGUCCUGACGUAGCCCAGAUAGAACAGGGCUAAGAAUCACUUUCUCGAACGACGAAUUGACGGUGGAGUUGAGUUUACGUGACAUGCUAAUUUGCGCCGAGGCGCGAGCACGCAAACGAGAUCUGUUCGCUUAGUGUUACUGAGUGUUUUCGCGAAUUGGCCUCAACAGAAUCCCGCGACUUGCCGGCGAAAUGUGCGGAAGGACUGCGUGCACUCUGGCCCCGGAUGAGGUGAGCCGAGCCUGCUCGUACAGAAACCGGCGCGGGCUGCGGAGGCAGCCCGACUGGAGGGCGGGAGACGCGGACAAAUACCGACCGUCCUACAACAAGAGCCCGCAGUCCACGAGCCCCGUGAUGCUCUCCCGCAGGCACUUGGACGAGAAUGCACCAGUGGACGAGUGUGUUUUGGCUUCCAUGCGUUGGGGCCUGGUCCCUUCCUGGUUUAAGGAGACGGACCCGAGCAAGAUGCAGUUCAGCACCAGCAACUGUCGCAGUGAGAACAUCCUGCAGAAAAAGACUUACAGGGAGCCUCUGCUGAAAGGACAACGCUGCGUCAUCCUUGCUGAUGGCUUCUACGAAUGGAGGAGGCAGGCGAAAGAAAAGCAGCCGUUUUUCAUCUACUUCCCUCAGGCCCGCAGCUGCCAUGCGGAGAAACGAGAUCCCGUCGAUGAGUCGGCUCAGGCGAGUCAAGCGUCCGAUGAGUGGACAGGCUGGCGGUUGUUGACCAUUGCGGGACUAUUUGAGCGCUGGACAGCUCCAUCUGGUGGAGAGCCCCUCUAUAGCUACAGCGUCAUCACUGUCAACGCUUCCGCCAGUCUCCAAGGCAUCCACGACAGGAUGCCGGCCGUCUUGGCCGGAGAAGAGGAAGUGAGGAGAUGGCUGGAUUUUGGCGAGGUGAAAUCUGAGGAUGCUCUGAAACUGCUCCAGUCAGAAGACAAAUUGACGUAUCAUCCCGUCUCAUCGCUCGUCAACAAUUCUCGUAACGACUCUCCUGAAUGCCUUCAGCCUGUGGACCCGAACCAGAAAAAGGAGGCCGAACUGAGCGCCAGCGGCAAGAUGAUGCGGAGCUGGCUGGCGAGCGGCUCUACCAAGAGGAAGGAGCCGGAGGCUGGCGACGCUCAGCGGACCGACGCAGACAAAAAAGACACCCCCCGCAUGUCGACGGGACUGCGGCGAUGGCUGCAAGGGCCCAAUAAAAAAACAAAAACCCAGUAAGGACAACGUUU